UCGUCACUGUCCACGCCCACAAAGACAGUAUUUGAUUGGGUGACAGUCACACUAAUCUCGUGACACGGAAACAAGGUGCAAGAACUCGGGACUCAAAACAGGGCUUGCAUUUACCUGAACGAUGGAAUACCGUGUGAUCUGCGUUGUUUUGCUCUCUUUCAUCGCAUAUGCUUCCGCUGAACAUGUGAAAUAUUUAGAUUGUGGCUCAGUACAGGGUACAGUUAUUGGGGUUGACAUCCAGCCCUGCCCACAACAACCAUGCCAGCUUCACAAGGGACAAGACUACACUGUCAAUGUAACCUUCAGCAGUAAUGCUGCGAGUCAGACCAGUAAAGCUAUCGUACAUGGAGUGAUUGCUAAAGUGCCCAUUCCGUUCCCAAUCCCAAUUGACGAUGGUUGCAAGUGUGGAAUCCAGUGCCCGAUUAAGGAAAAAAAUAUUUACAGCUACGUCAACCAGUUGCCUGUCAAGAGCGAGUACCCAGCAAUCAGGUUGGUUGUGGAAUGGGAGUUAAGAGAUGACUUGAACAAAGAUCUGUUCUGCAUCAAGUUCCCUGUUGAGAUUGUGAGCUAAAGGUCGACUGAAACCAAGAAAAGGACUCUCAAAAAAGGGACAUUAUUAACCUCUGUGUGCCUAAAUGAUUAUCUACAGACGUUUUAGAUAUAAUUUAAUAGAACGUAAUUUUAUGAUCGUUUUUCUAACCGUGACACAUCUGUCAUUUUAAUGUUUGAUAUCCAUCUAUGGACAAAUGCCACUUUACAAACAAUUGUCUAAUUCCAUUUUGUGAUGUGCUAAAAUUAUUGCAAUGAUUUACUAGAAUGAGUUGCUGACAAAUGGCAUUUGGUUUAUGAGGAAGAUCAGUGUUGGUGAUUCAAUCAGGCUCAUGUGAUUGUUUGCUAGCUGCUAUAAGGCUUGACCGCACUGUUUUAAUCUUUUUCUUUAUGUUCCAGAUGUUUAUUUUACUCAUUUAAAUUUGCAUAUUAAAUAAAAACUGCAUUUUAAAAUUGUUGUCUUAAGUUGCCACAAUUGCAAGGCUGUGUUUAAUAAGCAACUAUAUUUUGACAGAAAUAAAAUACUUUUUAUAUGGUACAA